ACACACACACAAAACACAAGAAGCUUCCUCUUGUCAUUGUUCAGCAGAUCCUGAAUUGAGCUCACAGAAGCCAGCAGCGUUCAGGGAGUGGACCGUCAGCGGUCAGACUUUUACAACAGGUGAUUACGUCCASGAGGCAUUUAAUCAGCCACAUGCCUCACGCUGUCUGUAAAAUCAAGUUGUAUGGUGGGUGACACGUGCAUCGUAUAGAGUAGAGUAAGAGUGCGAGCUGAGAGAGCAGGUGCAUGUUUCUGAAGCCGUGUUCCUGUGCUCAUGGCUCGGAGGAGGGCUGCCGGCGGCUGCUGCAGCUGCCACAGGACACCCAUGAACGAGGACAACGCUCGUUUCUGCCUGCUGGCCGGCCUCAUCCUCCUCUACUUGCUGUGCGGCGCCGCCAUCUUCUCUGCGCUGGAGCACCCGUCCGAGCUCCRGGCCCGCCUCCUCUGGAAGCAGCAGCUGAACAACUUCACCAGGCGGUACAGGGUCCAACAGGGCGCCCUGCACACUCUGCUGCGGCAGUAUGAGGAGGCCAACGGAGCGGGGAUCAGAGUAGACACGUUGAGGCCACGCUGGGAUUUUUCCGGAGCGUUCUACUUUGUGGGAACCGUGGUUUCUACUAUUGGUUUUGGCAUGACCACUCCAGCGACCAUCGCAGGCAAAACAUUCCUAAUCUUCUAUGGUCUCAUCGGCUGUGCUGCUACCAUCCUCUUCUUCAACCUCUUCCUGGAAAGGAUCAUCACGAUGUUAGCUUACAUCAUGCGCUGGUGCCACGAGCGUCGGCUGAGGUGCGGUGGAGUCGGGGUGAUGUCGAGCAGAGAGGAGUCAUCUGGUGAAGAGGACAGCCUGGAGGGCUGGAAACCAUCAGUGUAUUAUGUGAUGUUGAUCCUGGGAGUGGCAUCUGUUGUUAUUGCAUGCAGCGCCUCCACCCUCUACAGCUCCAUGGAGAACUGGAGCUAUGUGGACUCUCUAUACUUCUGCUUUGUGGCCUUCAGCACCAUCGGUUUUGGGGACCUGGUGAGCAGUCAACGUGAGCGUUAUGACUCUCAAGGGGCCUACCGGUUCGGAAACUGUCUUUUCAUCCUAAUGGGAGUGUGCUGUAUCUAUUCGCUUUUCAACGUCAUUUCUAUCAUCAUCAAGCAAACUCUCAACUGGAUCCUGGGGAAGCUGGUCUGCUCCAGGCCACGGCGGCUCUGCUCCUGCUCUAAACAAGGCUGCCGGUGGCUCUGCUGCCCCUGCUUCCAGAGCAAAAGUCACAACCGGCGGCGUUUGACUGCGCGCCUCAGACCGAAACGCAUAAAACGCAACGCGGUGCAGCCCGUCUCCUCCCACUGUCCUGCAGGCAGACGCCGGUACAAUGACGGCUCUGUAGAGACGGUGUGCGACAGCGAGAUGGAGGCGGCAGCUGAAGUGUACGACGGCCGCCGUCUGUCAGAGGAGAUGAUCUCUGUCAAUGAGUUCAUGGUGUCCAAUAAAGUGUCUCUGGCUCUGCUGCAGAAGCAGCUGAGUGAAACUGCUCACCAGGGCCCACGGCAGAGCUACGGACAUCAGAAUGGUUUUUCUGGUGGGGUGGGGGCCUUGGCUAUUAUGAACAAUCGGCUACAGGAAACCAGUGUGGAUAGAUAGCACCACAUGAUCUCA